AUGACCACCUUACACGCCGAGGUCAUCUCCAUCCGUGACAAGCCCAAACCGAGCGUCUCCCAUGCGCAUGGCACCGGCCCUGUCUCCACAAACGGGGACACGUCGGAGGAGAAAGAGUAUUACGUGCAUUAUGAUCAGUGGAAUAAGCGACUUGACGAGUGGAUACCGACCAUCCGGGUGCUGAUGGACCAGGAGAUGACAUGGCCCAAGCCGCCGAAGAAGGAGCAGCCAAAGCAAGCGGAUAAGAAGCUACCGAAGAAAGCUGGGCGCUCCGCGUCACAAGCGCACACGCCUGUACCGGAUGGAAUGGCGACGCCAACGGGGAUGAAGAGGAAGCGGGAGGACGAGGACGACAUGAUGAUAGAUUCGAGCGGAAUGGCGACGCCGACGAGUGACGUCGAACACAGGAACGCAGCGCUGAGCAAGGCGCAGGAGAUCGAGCAGCUCCGCACGUCAGGAUCUAUGUCGCAUCAGCAUGAAGCGCGUGUAAAGAACCUCGUCAAGAUCGAGAUUGGACGGCAUAUCAUCGAGCCCUGGUAUUUCUCUCCGUACCCGAAGGAAUUUACGCACACGCCGAUGCUGUAUAUAUGCGAGUUCUGCUUGCGCUAUUGGGCGAGCGAGACCCAGUUCAGGCGACAUAGGACGAAGUGCACUCUGCGCCAUCCGCCGGGGAACGAGAUCUAUCGGGAGAAGGAGAUCUCGUUCUUCGAGAUCGACGGGAGGAGGCAAAAACAAUGGUGUCGAAAUCUCUGUCUGCUCUCAAAAUGUUUCCUCGAUCACAAGACAUUGUACUUUGACGUCGACCCGUUCCUGUUCUACUGCAUGGUCAAGCGGGACCAGUUCGGCUGCCACCUAGUCGGGUACUUCUCCAAAGAGAAAGAAUGCGGCGAGGGGUACAACGUCGCGUGUAUCCUCACACUCCCGCAAUACCAACGACACGGCUACGGCCGGCUGCUGAUGGAGUUCUCCUACGAACUGACAAAGAGGGAGAACAAAGUCGGCAGUCCGGAAAAACCGCUCUCUGAUCUGGGGUUACUGGGGUACAAAGCCUACUGGAAAGACGUCAUCGUAGAUUUUAUACUGAACGUGUACCGCACGGGGGGCAAGGAGGCAGACAUAACGGUGGAUGAGAUUUCCCAGAAAACAGGGAUAUUGCAAAAUGACGUGAUGACGGCACUACACGAACUCCAACUCCUCAAAUGGUUCAAAGGACAACACGUCCUCGUCCUAGGGGACGAAGUGCUCGCGCGGCACGAGAAGACAGUAGCGAAACAGAGACGGAGGAUCGACCCGAGCAAGCUGCAGUGGAAGCCGCCGGUGUUUUCCCGUGCCCAGUUGAGUUUUGGCUGGUAG